CCGCCCCGAGGUAAAGAAAUGACGUCAGACAGGUCAGAGGUCAGCUUGUUGGAGCAGCAACGGUCUGGCUUUUCAGCUGGGAAGGAGACGGUCAAAACUAACGGGUGAGCAGGCACUGUGAGUGGGCGUACUGACCAGCUAUUGUUGAUCGCAGCCAGAGACCUUCUGCGUAGAACAACAGGCUGGCAGGAAAUCUAUCCAUGGCCGACUGCUAGUGUUAUAUUGAGAUUGCUUGUGAUGCUGUAGUUCUAGAAUCGAGUGACCUUCGACCCGAGCUGUAACCAUGGCAACGUCACCUGAAAAUGUCCUGACGACGAUGAUGCGGACGGGCUCCACCGUUUCGCCGACCGACACGUUCAGCGGGAACAUCACGAGAUGCGACACGCUGACGUACGACUACGACAUCGCUACCUCCGUUAUAUGUGGGAUGUGCUUCCUCUUCGGCAUUGUGUACUGUUUCUUUG